CUUAAAUGUAAGAGCUGAAAGAAUCGAAGUGUCUUCAGGCUGCUCAGUUUGUCAGUUCAAUUAAAACAAUUGCUAGUUUAAUCUCGUUUGUAUUAAGAAAAAACAGAGUAGUCUAUUAUGGAUCGAUCAAAUAUAAGAUUCUGCGUUUUUCUGAUCUGUUUUAGUUUGACUUUACUCAACUAUGCAAAAUGUUCUAACGAGGACAUCUUUGACAAAGUGGUGGCCCUCGUGUCGCCAGGUGAAGUGCACCUGACUGAGAAAAGUCUUCACUCGAUUCUGACGGAGUUGGAGAAACGUGUGCAAUGCAGCGAUGUGUCGUGUGGAAAGUGCCUCUCUGUGGACCACGUGCCUCAGCUGGUCACCAACUACUCCACCACUCAGGAGGUGCACGCGGACGACUUCCUCCGGCUGGCCGCAGGGUGCUGCCUGUACCUCAGUGACCCCCUGCGGGCCUGCGGGGCGGCGACGGCGGGCCGCUGGGGCGAGGAGACCGAGGAGUUCAUCCACCAGCUCGCCCACGGGGAGGACGCCGGUCACGGGGGACACGAGGAUCACGGGGGACAUGAGGGUGGCGCCGUGGAGAGGCUGCUCCACAGCAUGGAGGAGCACUACCGCCCAGAGAGCAAUCAGCCCUGUGUCACCAUGUCAGACAUCCUGGAAGAGAGCAAUGCGUCCAUGAGUCAUGACCACCACAGCAAUCACAGUGACCACGAUGGUGAUCACCGCAGCGGUGAGCACCACGAACACAGUGAGCUGGACACCCUAUGUGGGGUGGUGCUGUACCAUGCGCUCAGAGGGGACUGCAUGACCACACAGGAGCUGCCAGAGGAGGCGUUCUUCCUGGACUUCAUCUUUGGAAAGUUUGGAUCUGAUAAUGUCACUUUACAAGACCUGGAGAGUUUGAUGAAGUCUCUAAACCUGGGGGAAAGGCAGCUGGCGAAAGACCAUGACCACGGCCACGACCACCAUGAUGCCGAGCUCCAUGAUCAGGCCGGCCACCGCGCCGCACAGGGCCAGGCGAGCCCCAGGCACAGCCACGAGGAGGGGCAGGAGCGCAACAGCAGCUGGGAGCAGAGCUGCUACAGUGCAGGGGAGCUGAUGAGGAUCCACCACCUGAACGGCUCAAAUCUGACUCGGGAUCAGUUUGUCCGACUCAGCCCGGCGCUGGUCCAGCAGCUUGUCAGUGGCGCCUGCAAUGCCACGGAGCCCACCGUCAUCCACCCUGGAGACGGCCUCAGCCGGACCGAGAAAUACGUGUACGCCACCGUGGCCAACCUGCUGAUCUGCCUGACGGCGCUGUUUGGGAUCGUGGUGCUGCUGUGUACCUCCUGCAGCAGCAUCUUCCAGCUCUGCAUCCAGUUCUGCAUCAGCCUCGCUGUGGGCUCGCUCACCGGCGACGCCCUGCUGCACCUCCUGCCCAUGUUUCUUGGCCUACAUGCCCAUGGCACGGGGGAGAACGGAGGAGGACAUGACUUGACGUACAUUUAUAAGAUGUUGGUGCUGCUGGCGGGGAUCUACUACUUCUACCUGAUGGAGGCCAUCUUCGCCAUCCUCUCCCGUAGAAACAAGCAUCACCAUCACCCGCACCACCACGGGGAGGACUCAGAGCCUCAUCACUGUGAUCAUGGAAGAGUGAUUCAGAUGUAUCAGCAGGAGAAGAAACACAGACACUCCACCUCUCAGGCAGACCUGGUGGAGGAGGAGGACAAUGAGAAAUCAUUCCCUCAGGAGCAGCCUCGCACCCAAGAACAGAAAAUGCUCCCCUACAUGAUCACCAUCGGUGACGGGAUACACAACUUUGCGGACGGCCUGGCCAUCGGUGCAGCCUUCUCCAUAUCCUGGAAGUCAGGCCUGGCCACGUCCCUGGCUGUCCUCUGUCACGAACUGCCCCAUGAGUUGGGUGACUUUGCCAUUCUUCUGCACUGCGGCUUGUCUGUGAAGAAGGCCCUGCUGCUCAACAUGGGCAGUGCCAUGACCUCCUUCAUUGGACUCUACAUCUCGCUGUCCAUCGCUACGGACGCAGCAACAAAAGAGUGGAUAGCGGCAGUAACGGCCGGCUUGUUCCUUUAUGUGGGCCUAGCAGACAUGCUUCCUUCAAUGGUGCACGUGAACAGCUCAAGGCCCUGGUUCAUGUUUGUUCUACAGAAUUUAGGCCUGUUGACCGGAUGGGGCAUCCUUUUGGUCCUCUCCCUUUAUGAGGACCAGAUUGGAGUCUUCUAGAGACUGGAUGUUUUUUUUUUUGUUUGUUUGUUUGUCUAUAUGCUAUUUGUAGUUGUUUUAAGAAUGUAUAUAUUUUCUCAACUGAAAUGAUACAUUUAAAUGGAGAUUUUUUGUUAUGUUAGAUACAUAGGGGAUUUUUGGUGCACUGGGUGCCUCAGUUCAGCGUUGGAGAAGUGCUGAAACUCAAACUGUCAGAAGAGUGGAAAGCCCAGAAUUAAGCAAUGGCUAUAGCGAGCCUUAAGUUAAAGAGUAGUUUUUUGGUUAUCUUGAGUAAAUGUGUGUCAAAAUGAAUGGAAGCAUUAUUAUUAUGUUUGACUUUGCACAACCAGUAUAUUGACCCAUGUAGCAGUUAACUAUGAACUUCAUGUAGCCCUGCUAGCCCGCUAGAUGGUUUCGGAUUGAAAAGCAUGGUAAAGCUUUCACUUAAACAUUAGCAGGUCUCACAAGAAGUCGACUGUAUAUUUCCAGGCACUACAGAGUUUGCGUAGAGGAACAGCAACAGAGUGAGAACAAAUGCACUCUAUUCAAGCUUGCAGAGUUACUCACACUCACACAGUUUCUCAGGGUUACUCACACUCACACACCUUCUGAGUAGGUGUGUGUGGCUCAGUGAAACCAGCUUUGCAAACUUUCAGAUAUCCUAUUUUUCACAACACAUAACCAGAUCAAGGCAUCUGUGCAAUUAUUAUUUUCUUUUUGUAUUUAUUUAAUUUAGUGAUGAAAUAUAAUGAGUUUGUACAUGUAAAAAUGCUUAAGUGUGUGUGUGUGCUGUGUCUGUUUUGCAUCAUUCAUGUGUGAAAAAUCUUUCCAGAAAUAGACUUCUUAUUAUGGAGAUGAUCCUGCUCAGGGUGCAUAUGCAUAAUGCAUUGUAAUGCACAAUACAGCCACUAACAAACACAUUUAGGACUAAUCUAGGACUUCAUCAGAAGCUAGUGGUAUUAUGCCUUUGGACGCAAGCUCUUACUCUGUGGCCCAAGAAAAACGAGCCAUUUAGCAAGAUCAUUAUGCAGAGCAUAAAUACAUUUGCCUUUACACAAACAUGGACUUGUUGACGAACUAUUGAAUGGGUCAGCUGACUAAGUCACACAAUAUACUUUAUAACUUUACCAGCAGCAGUUUUUACAAGGGUUUUCCCCUCAAAGCAGUUUUUAGUUGAUAUAUAUUGACUGAACAGUUCACACCUGACAGGUCAGUGAGAACUAGGAAAGACCCUGACUGGGAGGUGAGAACUAGGAAAGAUCCCGACUGGGAGGUGAGACCAAGGAAACUCAUAGAAGGCUAAAUUGAGAACCUUAGCACUAAGACUAACUUAAUGCAAGACUGACGGUCAGAUGUUAGAGAGUUCUGUGCCAAUAGUGACCUUGCCAGUAUGCAUGAAGCACACGGUGUGCCUUUUCAUUUGAAGUUGCAUGAAGUAAACCUGGGGCACAUAGUUUAAUCCACAAAUGUUACUUCCAACUGAACAGAAUCAUUCAGUAUUUGAAUGGAAUCAUGGAACUGCCAAACAACAUUACAAUAAAUACAAAAUGUAGUCAUGAGAAACCAGAUAUAUAAUACAGGGCAGUAAUUCUACAUGAACAAAUAAAUAGGACUAUUUGCAUAUCUGCAACAAACUCAGUAGUGGUAGUGUGGCUUUUAACAUUUUACAAAUGAUCUAACAAGCAAUCUGGAUUACGCAUAUUUUUAGAAUUGUCUCAGCAAAACAGGUGUGUACCAUUUUAAUACAACGGACAACGUAAGCAGUCACACAUUGCAACAAAUGUACCACUCAAAAGGCUAGUAAUGGGUUCGUAGAACAGCCCCUGAGGUGUAAAGCUGAAUCUAAAAAAUAAAAAAAUAAACAUGCCAUUGAACUGCAUUAUACAAGAA